UCUAAUCCAAUGACCUUGUACAUGAUCAUUAGGACAUUCGAUAAUGCUUUAUCAUUUUAACUGAAAACACGUGUUACGCGUUCACAGAAAUUAGCUGUUCAAAAUGACGAAAAAAUUGACAGCAAAAAUUGGACCCUCUAUUUUAAACGCUGAUUUAGCACAACUUGCGGAGGAGUCACAACGAUUAGUUAAUAACGGUGCCGAUUAUUUACAUUUAGAUGUUAUGGAUGGACACUUUGUACCUAACCUUACAUUCGGUCACCCGUUAGUAAAAUGCCUUCGUAGCAAAAUAAAAGAUACAUUUUUUGAAACACAUAUGAUGGUAUCUAAUCCAGAUCAGUGGAUAGAACCUAUGUCUGAUGCCGGUGUUGAUCAAUAUACAUUUCAUGUUGAGCCUGUGAAGGAUGUGCCAUUAGUUUGUAGAAAAGUAAGAGAAGCGGGAAUGAAAGUUGGAGUAGCACUUAAACCCGGAACUCCAGUGGAUACAGUUGCAGAAUAUGUUGAUCUAGCAGAUAUGGUGUUAGUUAUGACUGUUGAACCAGGUUUUGGUGGACAAAAGUUCAUGGAACCAAUGAUGGAAAAAGUAUCAUGGUUACGGAAAAAUUAUCCUACAUUGGAUAUAGAAGUUGAUGGUGGUGUUGGACCAGCUACUAUUGAUGCAUGUGCUAAAGCUGGUGCAAACAUGAUUGUUUCUGGAACUGCUGUUAUAGGUUCUUCUGAUCAAGCUAAAGUUAUAAGAACUUUGAGAGAUACAGUAAACUGUGCAAUACAAAGUAGCUGAAAAUAAUGUUAAUAAAGUGUCAAAUUAACACACCAUGUACAUGUUAAUAACUUUUUAUAAUUAUAUACAAUGUUUGGGUAAAAAAAUAAAAAAUACAAAUCUUUUA